AUGUCAAUGUUCCUGAAUCUCCCUGUUGAGCUCCGAGAACUCAUCCUCGCAGAUGUUCUCUACUCACCAUUCACCCCGCCGGAGACCCAGCCCGAUUUGGAGGCGGGAGUGCAAUACCAUGACAUGGAUUACAUGGCAUGGGUGUGGCAGGGCCCCAAGACGUAUUAUGUGCCGCAGCGUAGAGAGAGCUCUUCUUUGAACUGCCUAUCUCUCUUCUUAGCCUGCCACCAGAUUUCCGCCGAGACGCGCGCGCUCCUGGCCCGCUGCCGGAGACCCGACUACCGGCUGGACGUGUCUGUACAGGACGAACGGGAUAUUCUCCUGACCUGGCUGUGCGUGCCGUGCCUCACCCCAAACAUCGCGACCCUUUAUGUAGAUCGGAUCGCCCGGAGCUACAGGGGCGACGGCGGCCAGCUCGGCGUCCACUGGGCCUUCUACGCGGCCCUCGAGCGCUUCCUCCGCUACGGUCCGAUGGGACACCAACAAGGCAGCAGCGAAGGUAAAUGCCGGGGUUUCGCAGACCGGGGCAUGCGGGUUGAGACCCUCGUCCUCGACUUCCAAUCUGCAGAUUCCGAGUUGGAGUUCCCGCCCUCAGACACCGUAUCAUACGCCUUCUGGCUACGGUGGCACUCGGGGAUCACGUUAAGACGCCUCGAUGACCCCGCCGUGUCCUUUUCGCGCUUUAAAACGCGCCCGGAGUGGUUCUGUGAACAUCUGCAAGGGUGGAUUGGUACUCUUCUGGCGAUGAACUAUCACACUGCCAGGUAUGGGCAGUUGCUCUACGAUCACAUUGGGACGAUCAAGAUGCUGGUUAACGGACAGCUCUAUAAGGAAUUCGAUCUAGCCGCUUUGUUGCACGCUUGA